AUUUUGUUGCAAACUACAAAAACACAUUGGUGUUUUUUAUAUUUUCAUAUAAUUAAAAAAUAUAAUUGAUAUAUAAUUAUUAAUUAUUUAAUUUAUAAAUAUUUAUUAAUAAACGCAUUUUUGUGUUUAUUUAUGGUGUGUUGUGUGUUUAUUUUUUCAACUGUCAUCUUCAUUAUUAUAUUUAUUAUAAAAUUAAUACAUAAAUAGUAUAUAUAAAUUUUAUAAACAAUAAAUAUACCUAAAUAAAAAAAAAAUAUAUUGUACAUACAGCAUACAGGUAUGUCUAUUGACAUUUGACAACCACAACAUCAUCAAACUUCACAGUGUGUGCGUCUACCCAUCAAAGAAAAUGGUUGACGCACUAAAAUUUUGCAAAUAAUAAAUAUAAAUAUAGGAUAUAUCAAUCAUCAUCAUCACAAUAAUUAAUAAUGUGCAAUAAUGUCAAGUGUUUUUGUCGUGUGAUUUUUUUAAUAAUAAUAUUGACAGCUGUCGACGCGUCAAUUUAUCGGUGUAAAAGUGUUGGUUUUUAAUUAUAUGAAAUAAUUUUAAUUGUUAUUGAUAUAUGAAGUUUGAAAAAUGGAUAAACGACAGGAUGCACUUGCUCCAUUUUCAUUUGAUGAUUGUCCAAACAGCGGUGAAGAUAGUGAUGAGGAUGUGAUAACUGAUUAUAUUGGUUCUGAAUUACCAGAUUGUAAUGAUCCAUCAAUAAUAAGCAGUGAUAAUUCUGUAUUAAAUACAAAUGUAAAUAUGGAUAAUAAAAAUAUAAAUUAUAAUACAAAAUAUGAAAUGACAUUAACACCAAGUGUUAAUGAUACUAAAAAUACAACAACACAAAUAAAUAUUAAUAAUCAACAAGUACCAAUUGUACCAACAAUAAGUAUAACACCAAAUUCACCUGGUUUUAAUGUAACAUAUCCAAUACUUGAAGAUAAUUUACAAGAAUUACAUGAAAUAACAAAAUGGAUACAACGUAUGAGAAUAACAAAAUUUGAAUUACCUAAAUUGAAUAAUAAUAGAAGGCUAAGUUCAUCAUGUCCAUCAUUAUGUUCACAAUAUUUAAAACAAACAAAAAAACAAUUUGGUUUAAUUGAUAAUAUAAAUAAUAAUUCUGAUCCAGAUUUAAUUAAUAAUUGUUCAACAAAUAGUUCACCAACACACUAUCAAAAUGGUAAUAAUAAAAUUAAAAAUGAUUUAUUAAAUACUGAUAGACGACGUAGUUGGACUGAUGUUGAAAAAACGAGAAAUAAUAGACACAGAAAUAAUGUUGAUGAUGAUUAUGAUGAUGUACAUAAUCAUUUACAAACUCAACCAUUACGACAACGUAGUAUUAGUUUGAGCAGUUUGGAUAGUGACAUUGAUCUUGUUAUUGAUAGUAAAACAUCAACAGUUAGUGUUGCUAAUAGAUCAUGUAGAUCACAAAUAAGUACACAUUCUUUAAAUGAAGCUGAUUUUGUUCAGAUUGAUUUAAAAGAAGUGGCAGCAAAAAGAAAAACCCAAAGAUUAAUGGAAACAAAUAGUCUCUUACCCGGUGCACCAGGAUCACGUUUAACACUACAAAAAUCAAUUUCAACACCGUCAAUUGUCAGUCCAGCUGGUCAAAAUAAUGCUGAAACUGAAAUACAUAAUGUACCAUCAGUAACCAGACGGCACGAAAGAAACGAGAAAGGUAGUGGAAGUGAAACUGAGACUGAGGAUAUUCAUACAGCUCAUGGUCAUGCAUAUCAUGAAGAUUUGAUACGCCAAGGAUCGAGUAAUGUUCAGGCAUCUCUCGAGGAACUUGUGACCGAUGGAGUUGUUUAUGAUGAUCAUCAUUCUGAAAAAAAUCCACGAAGAAAACGUGGUUCUUUAUUUUUUCGUAAGAAAAAGGAUAAAAGUGUUAAAAAAGUUAGUCCAGAUAUUGGAACAACAUUGAAUCAAAAUCAAUCAUCUAAAGAACAAAUAACAAGUGAUUUUUUAAAGUCAAAAUGUAUUGCAACAAAAAGUUCAAUUAAAUCAAUAUCAAAUGUAUCAAUUGCUUCUGGAAUUGGUCAUGUUAAAAGAGGAUCAACUGUGUCACUGCCACCACAAAGUUUAACGCGUUCAAACAGUAAAAAGGAUAUAAGCAACAAGAAAACAGUUACGAGUUACAGCCCUUGGCGACGUGUAGCUACUAAACUUGGAGUCAAUCAAACAAUUAAUGAGGAAAAAGAUUGUGAUAUUGCUGGACAACGUGAAAUAUUGAGUGGUAGUGAAGAAUUUGAUUUUGGUGAUGAUGUACAUCGCAUAACAGUGGAUGACAUUGAGGGUCUUGAUCCAGAACUUGGAUUAAAUUGGGAAGAGCCAGAUUCUUGGAGUGCAUCAUAUGGUCGUACUGAUGCAUUACGUCGUGUUGAUAAUAAUGAACGUGAAGUUAAACGUCAAGAGCAUAUUUAUGAAUUUGUAUUAACUGAAAAACAUCAUUGUUUAGUAUUACUAGCAAUGGAAAGAAUAUUUGCUGAUGGUUUACGUCGUAAUUUUCGUUUUGGUAUACAAGAUAUAGAUAGAAUGUUUCCACGUUUACGUGAUUUAAUUGAUAUACAUUUAAAAUUUUUAUUAAAAUUACGUAAACGUCAAAGUUCAAAUGCUGUUGUACCAACAAUUGCUGAUAUAUUAAUUGAACAAUUUUCUGGUGAUAAUUCAUCACGUAUGAAAAGUGCAUAUGGUGAAUUUUGUAGUCGUCAUCGUGAUGCUGUUGAUUCAUAUAAAUAUUAUUUAAAUAAUGAACCAAAAUUUGCACGUUUUGUACGUCUUUGUCAAACAAAUCCAUUAUUAAAAAAAAAAGGUAUACCAGAAUGUAUAUUAUUUGUAACUCAACGUUUAACAAAAUAUCCAUUAUUAGUUGAGCCAUUAAUUAAAACUGGUACAGUUAAUAUGGAAAAAGAAAAUUUACGUAAAGCAUUAUUAUUAGUUAAAGAAAUAUUAAAUGAUGUUGAUGCAUGUGUUGCUGAUAAACAACGUGAAGAUAGAAAACUUGAAAUAUAUAAUAAAAUUGAUGCAAAAUCAUUUGCAACUCAUCGUGGUGAAAAAUUUAAAAAAUCUGAUAUAUUAUCAUUUAAUAGAGUAUUAAAAUUUGAAGGUACUGCAAAUUUAAUGCAAGGACGUAAUAAACCAACACCAGUUAUGAUACUUGUAUUAUCAGAUGUAUUAAUAUUUUUAGCUGAAACACGUGAUCAAAAAUAUGUAUUUUUUGUACCAGAUAAUAAAGCUGGUGUUGUAUCAUUACAAAAAUUAUUAGUACGUGAAAAAGCUGGACAAGAAUCACGUGGUAUUUAUUUAAUAAGUAGUAAUCCAUUAGAACCAGAAAUGUUUGAAUUAAAAGUUAUUAAACCAAAGGAUAAACAAAAAUGGAUUGAUUCAAUACGUAAAGCUGUACAAAAUUGUCCACAAGAAUUUGAUAAUGAUGAUUGUAAUGAUGAUGAUUCAUCAAUUGGUAAUAAUAAUAAUGAUUUAUCUGGUACAUCAAAAUCAGGUUAUUCAUCAGUAUCAACAACAUCAACAUUAACACUUGAUGAAAGACAAAAAUUUAUAAAAGCUAAAGAAUUACGUAUACAAAAAAUUAUUGAUGAUUUAAGAAAUAAAGAUAUUAAUCAAGCAUUAUUACUUGAAGAAAAAAUAUCAUUACAAAUUAAAUUAUAUUAUGCUGCAUCAUUAUCAAAUGAUCAUUUAUCUGAUAGUGAAAAAAUUGAUAAAAUUGAUAAAAUUGAUAAAAUAUGUAAAGACAUAAAUGAUUAUACAAAAUGGACUAGAAAUGAAGGUGUUGAUUUAGCACAAUUAUGGCAAGAAGUUGUUGUUGCUGUACAAGAAGCAACAAGACUUGCAACAUCAUUAUCAUAUUGUAUACAUAGUAGUGGUUCAUUAUCACGUAGUUUAAGUUCAGCUGGUGAAAGACAUACUGAAGCAUAUAUACCACCAUCAUUAUGUAUACCAAGAAGAGCUGAAACAUUUGCUGGUUUUGAUCAUAAUAAAGAACGUUAUCCAUGGCGUGAUUUAAGUAAUGUUGUACAAAUACAAAAUACAAAUGAUAAAGAUAUUAUUGAUCAUGAAAAAGAUGAUGAUUCAACAACAAAUGAUAAUAUUAUUAAUGAAGAACAACAACAAUUGGCUGCUAUUAAAUUAUCACAUUAUGUUUAUAAAUUAUUUAGCUUAAUAAGUAGUCAAAUGAGUACAAUUGAUAUAUUAAAUGCACAAUUAACAACAUUUAAAGAUUGUACAAGUGGUAGUGGUGGUAGUAUUGGUAGUAUUCAUAAUAUAAAUAAUAAUAGUAAUAGUAAUAAUUCAAUUGUUAAAUCAUCUAAUCAAAAUAGACCAAAUCCAAAUCGUCAAUUGGAAGAAUUACGUAAUUUACAAGAUCAAUUAACACGUGAAAAAGAAGCAUUUCGUGCAACAUCACAACAAGAAAAAUUACAAAUACAAGAAGAAAAAAAUGAAUUAUUACGUUUACGUGAACAAUUGGCAAAUGAAAGACGUGAUGUUGUUGAACAACGUGAUCAAUUAUUUCGUCAAAUUGAAUCAUUUGAAAAAAAAGGUGGUAAAUAUGUUGCAUCAUUACCAGCACAUCCAUCAAAUCAGUUAUCUGAUACAAAUAUAAUACAUACAAGAAAAUCAUUACCAGACACAAAAAGAAUACCAGAAAGAAUACCAAUCAAUUUAAUAAGUGCAACAAAUCAACAAAAAGCAACAAAUAAUUUACCACCAAUUAAACAACAAUUACCACUUAAAUUAGCAAGUGGCAGUAAUAAUAAUAAUAACAGUACUAAUAAUAGUAAUAAUAAUAAUAGUAGUAGUAGUAAUACGAGAAAUAGCUGUUCAACAAUUAUAAAUAAUAGUCCAGAUCGUUAUGAUCGUCAUACAAGAACAGGUAGUAGUCCAGCAGUUGUAUCAACAUCAGCAUAUUCAUCACCAGAACUUGGUAGCAAUCAUAAUAACGGCUCACUUGGAUCAACAAGAUCAUUGAGAUCAACAAGAUCACAACCAGAACCACAAUAUCAUCAUUAUCAACAACUGCAACAACAGCAACAUCAUCAACAAUUACAACAACAACAUUUAUUACAUCAACAACAACAACUACACCAACAGCAGCAACAACAACAACAACAACAACAAAAACCUGAACCACCGCAACAACCACUUGAUGAAGAAAUUAUGUUUUUCUGACGACUCUUUCGUUUUGGUCGAAAAAAUCAGCGUCCACAAAAACCGAAAAAAAUAAAAACACCACCAACAUCACCAGCAACACCAUCACCAACAAGAAAUCAAUCAAGAGAUGAUCAACCGAGAAAUCGUGUAAAGUCAUUUUGACUUUUAAAUUUUAAUCUUUGCAAUAAUGAUUAAUAAUUAAUCUACUUUUGAGAAAAAAAAAAAUUUUAAAAAAAAACAAAAAAAAAAAACCAUUAAAGAGAAAUAAAAACUGCAAAUUAAUCUACCCGAAUUAAAAAUGAAAAGAAAAGUAUUCCAAAAGAGUAUUUAUGCUGUCGUACAUUUUUAGCGACAUUGAAUUAUUAUAAAUAAAUAUAUAUAUAUAUAUAUAUAUGAAAAAAAAACUUGAAAAGUAGCUCAUCUUGUUGCUUAGUCUCAUCGUUAAAAUUUGUUAAAACUGACUGAAAAAUUUUCUAAUAUAAAUAAUUUGACUAGUACACCCAUAAGUAUAAAAUACACAUCACGUGUCCUUGUUAAAAUUUACCUUGUUUUUUUUUUAAUCUUAUGGAAUGUUUAUUAAACAAAAAAAAAGAUUAUUAAAAGUGGAGGAAAGCUAUAUAUAUAUAUUAUAAGCUGUGUGCAUUUAUAUUCAACAAUUAUUAUUAUUUAAAAAAAAGCAUUUUAAAUUCAAAAUUCAAUACCAAAAAGAUUAAAAUUGCAUGCUGCGAAAACUUGAUCGAAAAAUCAAGGAAAAAAAAACCUAAUCUGAUAAAAAAAAAAAUAUAAUAAAAGACUUAAUAUUAUUGUAGAUGAAAUUUUAAAAACCCAAGUUCGAAAAAUUUAAUAAUUAAAUAUAAACAGCUGAGUUUUUCGUAAAAGUAAUAAUUAGUCUUGAAAUUAAAACAAGUUAAUAAAACUUAUAUAUAAAUGAGAUUAUAGUAUUUAACUACAGAGCUGAAUUAAAUUUAAAAAAUAAUGUUAAAAAUAACAAAAACAUAAAAAAAAAUAAAUAGAAUUUAAAAAACAUGAAAAAACAUAAUAAAAAAAACAAUUGUGCCUCAAAUAUUUAGUUUUCUCAAUAGUUGAAAUACUUGAAUUAGAUAAAACCAUAUUUUCUGAACUUUACAAUUUUAAAUGUCUUAUCAAUUCAACUAUUCAUUAGUAUCAUUUAAAAUUUCAAAAAAUAUUUGUUAAUGAGAAAAAAAAAAAAUAAUAAGCAAUCGUCAUUUUAAAUAAUACAUAUUAUACGAAAAUCAGGAAAAAGGCUGGAUUAUCUACUGCCAUUGUUGCUGUUGUUUAAAUGAAUAUAAAUUAAUAUAUUUUUUCUCGCAAUAAACAACAAAAAGAAUUAAAUUAUUGCAUUUAUUAUUAUGGCAAUGGAUUGUCACUGAGAUUGUCAAAUAAAAAGCUCAUUAAAUAUAUUUUAUUUCAUUUUAAAAACUGAUAAAUCAAUCAUCUGCAAAAAUGCUACAAUGUUAUUUAAAAAAAAAGA